GGAGAAACCUGGUUUCUCGCAGAGCGAGUAGAACAUUUUCAGACCGAAUGUCAUAAAGAAGCCGACUCUUCGAUUCAGGAAAUAGCGAAAAACAGAACAAAACCAGGCGCAAGGGUGUGACAUUCGGAAAGAGAGAUGUUUUCCUCGAUGAAAACGCUCAUGAGCGCGGCGGUCCGGGCCGACCAGAUUUUGGCCCGGUCGUACGCGGCCAAGGCGGCAGCCGCCGCCGCCGCAGCGCAGGGUAGGGUGGUGGCCGUCAUCGGUGCCGUCGUGGACGUGCAGUUCGACGACAAUCUGCCACCGAUCCUGAACGCGCUGGAGGUGCAGGGCCGCCAGGCCCGU